UGACUUGUCUGUCCAUUAUGCAGUGUGCUAAUAUUUUCUAUUAGGAUAAAUUGGAAAUUCGCUGUAAAAUGGCUGAUAUAAAUAAUCUAUUUGAUUGUUUUGAUGAAACAGAAUCAAAUGCAGCUAUAAUCCAUUUUCCAAACAUCGAGAAAGAUGAAGAAUCGUCUGAAAAGAAAGACGUGCAGGCUACUACAAGUAAUAAACGACCGCAUGAGGAGGUAGAAUACGCAGAUACGACAAAAAAGUCGAAACCAGAGGAAGAUGAUCCGGAUCUUAUAAGUGACGUGAAUCUUGAGCUCCUUGCUUCGCGUAUUGUGAUACACACAUUGGAGACUCAUGAGGGUUGCACACACGAGGUGGCCAUACCUCCGAACCAUGACUACGCGCCGCUAGUGCAGAUAUCCUCUGAGCCCGCGAAACAGUACAGUUUCAUACUGGAUCCGUUUCAGAAAGAAGCUAUACUGUGUAUUGAUAACUUACAAUCUGUUCUGGUAUCCGCUCACACUUCUGCUGGUAAAACAGUGGUGGCUGAAUAUGCUAUAGCCCUGUCAUUGAAGAAUAAACAGAGGGUAAUUUACACUACACCAAUAAAGGCAUUGUCAAAUCAGAAGUACAGAGAGUUUUCUGAGGAGUUCCAUGAUGUAGGGCUCAUCACCGGAGAUGUUACCAUCAAUCCAUCUGCUUCAUGUCUUAUUAUGACCACUGAGAUUCUGAGGAAUAUGCUGUACAGAGGAUCAGAGAUAAUGCGUGAAGUGGGAUGGGUGGUAUUUGACGAAAUUCAUUACAUGAGAGAUAAGGAGAGAGGUGUUGUCUGGGAAGAAACCCUGAUUCUCCUCCCCGACAACGUGCACUACGUGUUUCUCUCAGCCACGAUCCCCAACGCGCGUCAGUUUGCCGAGUGGGUGUGCAGACUGCACUCACAGCCCUGCCACGUGGUCUACACCGAGUACCGCCCCACUCCGCUGCAACAUUACGUCUUCCCUGCUGGAGGAGACGGGAUACAUCUUGUUGUUGAUGAAAAGGGACAAUUUAAGGAAGACAACUUCAACACAGCGAUGGCGGUGCUGAACAACGCGGGCGACGCCGGCAAGGGUGACCAGCGCGGCCGCCGCGGCGGGCCCAAGGGGAACAACCAGACGAACAUCUUCAACAUUGUCAAGAUGAUCAUGGAACGGAACUUCGCGCCUGUCAUCAUAUUCAGCUUCAGCAAGAAAGACUGCGAGGCUUAUGCUAUGCAGAUGGCCAAGCUGGACUUUAAUACCAUUGAGGAGAAGAAGUUGGUAGACGAGGUGUUCAACAACGCAAUGGACGUGCUUUCCGAGGAAGACAGGAAGCUGCCACAGGUGGAAAACGUCAUACCACUCCUCAGGAGAGGCAUCGGCAUCCAUCACGGAGGGCUUCUGCCCAUAUUGAAGGAAACCAUUGAGAUCUUGUUCGGCUUGGGACUUAUAAAGGCAUUAUUCGCUACUGAAACAUUCGCCAUGGGUCUGAACAUGCCUGCCAGGACAGUAGUUUUCACAAACUGCCAGAAAUACGACGGGAAGGACUUUCGAUUCAUCUCGUCAGGCGAAUACAUCCAGAUGUCUGGUCGGGCGGGUCGACGUGGUCUCGAUGACAAGGGUAUAGUGAUUCUCAUGAUCGAUCAGAAGAUGACGCCUACAAUCGUCAAGACCAUGGUGCAAGGCAAGGCCGAUCCCAUCAACUCGGCGUUCCACCUCACUUAUAACAUGGUACUCAAUCUCUUAAGAGUGGAAGAAAUAAAUCCAGAAUAUAUGCUAGAGAGAAGUUUCUUCCAGUUUCAGAACCAAGCCGCUAUUCCAGAUUUAAUCGAAAAGGUAAAACUUAAACAGAAAGAGUACGAUGCAAUAGCAGUUGAAAAUGAGCAUUCCAUAGCGUCGUAUUGUAACAUCAGGACGCAACUAGACAUCCUUGGUGGACAGUUCCGCUCCUUCAUCACACGGCCGGAGUAUCUGAAACCUUUCCUGCAGCCUGGAAGACUUGUCAAGGUAAAGACGGAGAAGUACGAAUACGACUGGGGCAUAAUAGUGAACUUCAGACACAAGAUGGACAAGAAGGGCAAGAAGGGACAGGAGGUGAACCCUCUGUCCGCGGAGGCCGUUAUUGUGGUCGACAUACUGCUUCAUGUGAAGAAGGCGGGGGAAGAUGACGCUGAGACUAAUGUGCCUUGUCCUCCAGGGGAGACAGGUGACGUGGAAGUAGUGCCAGUUCUUCAUACGUUAAUCUACCAGAUCAGUUCACUGCGUGUGUACUAUCCAAAAGAUCUGCGACCGGCCGACAGUCGUAAGUCGGUACUAAAAACAAUAGGAGAGGUCAAAAAACGCUUCCCUGAGGGACCCCCGCUCCUAAAUCCAAUAAAGGACAUGAAAAUUGAAGAGCCAGUGUUCAAAGAGUGCGUGGAUAGGAUCAAACAGUUAGAGGAAAGGUUAUACGCACAUCCCUUACACAACGACAAAAACCGAGGCGCCCUUACAGCAGCUUACGAAAGGAAGCAAGAGAUGUACGAAGACCUACAACAAGCUAAGAAUGAACUGAAGAAAGCUAAGAGCAUAUUACAAAUGGACGAGUUGAAGAAGAGGAAGCGAGUCCUGAGAAGGCUCGGGUAUUGUACCGCUGCUGAUGUGAUAGAACUGAAGGGACGGAUAGCUUGCGAGCUGAGCAGUGCGGAUGAACUCUUACUAACGGAGUUGAUAUUCAACGGUGUCUUCAACAACCUGACGUCUGAGCAGAGCGCGUCCCUCGUCAGUUGUUUCGUGUGCGACGAGAACUCCAAUCAAUCCUCCGCGACGGGAGAAGAGCUCAGAGGUGUCCUCAGACAACUGCAGGAAUUUGCCCGAAGAAUAGCGAAGGUGUCGUUAGACGCGAAGAUGGACCUGGAUGAGGACGAGUAUGUUGGCAAGUUCAAGUACACACUCAUGGACGUGGUGCUGGCUUGGGCCAAAGGCGCCAGCUUCCUUCAGAUAUGCAAGAUGACUGACGUCUUUGAGGGUUCAAUAAUCAGAUGUAUGCGUCGUCUUGAAGAGGUGAUGCGCCAGCUGUGCCAAGCGGCCAAGAACAUCGGUAAUACAGACUUAGAGAACAAAUUCAGUGACGCAAUCAAACUGCUCAAGAGAGACAUCGUAUUCGCCGCCAGUUUGUACAUGUAAAUGUAAGCCUCAUUGUCCAUGAUUUUUAAAUUUAAUUUCCAUAAGACCAUAUAGAUUUAUCAAAAA